AUGAGGAACCACACAGAGCUGACUGAGUUCAUCCUGUUGGGAAUCCCACAGACCCAGGGAGUGGAGACGAUGCUCUUUCCCCUCUUCUUGGUCAUUUACCUCUUCACCCUAAUAGGAAAUUUACUCAUUCUGACAGCAAUUGUUUCCUACUCUGUCCUCCAUACCCCCAUGUACUUCUUCUUGGGGCUCCUGGCCAUUUUGGAUAUAGUUUUACCAGCUGUAACUUGCCCCAAGAUGUUGAUCUAUCUCUCUGGCCAGAGUCGAGCCAUUUCUUACAAUGGCUGUGCCACACAGAUCUUCUUCUAUCAUUUCCUGGGCUGUACUGAAGCUUGUCUCUAUUCUGUAAUGUCCUAUGAUCGUUUUGUGGCCAUCUGUUACCCACUGAGAUACUCCCUCAUCAUGAGACCCGGCGUCUGUGUGGGUUUGGUCAUAGCAGCCUGGACACUGGGCUUCGUUCAUGCCUCCAUCCUGACUGCCUUCACUUUCAGCCUGACCUACUGUGGUCCAAAUCACGUGGAUUAUUUCUUCUGUGACAUCCCUGCUGUCUUGCCCUUGGCCUGUGAUGAUACCUCACUGGCCCAGGCAGUGGGCUCUGCAGCUGUAAGCUUUCUGGUUUUAUUAUUUUGGAGCAUCAUUUUCCUCUGUUACCUGCGCAUUGCGAUUGCCAUUUUGCAGAUGCGCUCAGCAGAGGGCAGGAAGAAAGCCUUCUCCACCUGCAGUGCCCACCUUGCUGCUGUCCUCUGUUACCUCGCUCCUGUGGUCAUCAUCUAUCUGCAGCCCACACCCAACCCCUUGGUGGAUGCCACAGUGCAAAUAUUUACUAAUAUUGUCUCUCCCAUGCUGAACUCACUGAUCUUUUCCUUAAGAAACAAAGAUGUAAAAACAUCCCUGAAAAAAGUGUUUUGCAAAUAUUUACUUCGAAAGAAUAAAUUAUAG